GAACCAUGGAACCGGCAGUGGACAAGCUGGAAGCUUUGGUAAAUUUAAUCACCUUUUUGAGCCUCUGUUAGAUUCGUUGGUACCUUUAUUCAAAAAUUCGAGGGAAUUUUACCGUAAUUUUGCUCACUAUUAGCUUCAUGGUAGAUGAAGUGCAUUCUAUGAACUUAGUUUUUUUGGCAAAUUUUGGCGCCAAAUACGAAAAUCUAGAACGGGGAAAACAGAUUCUAAACCUGUCGGCAGUUGAAAGACCCUUGAAAAAGUGUGGUUUAUGUGUUGUUCCAGUCAAUAAAAAAAAAUCAGUUAUCGAGACAAGCGUCCAAAUGGACAGUUUCAGUCCAGUUUUUCAUAAUAAUCAUGAUGAAUAUACGGGUUUUUUUAAAGACAGACCUCACUGGUGCGAUAAUAUCAUCAUUUGGAGGCCAUCUUGGUUGGUAAAAACCGUAGAGUCGUAGCCGAGUAUUUUGGGAAGACCAUAAGUGAAGAAAUAAUUGCAAUACGUAAAUUUGAGCUGUAAGCCAAAAGAUGUUUUUUUAUUCAUGAUUGGUGUUGGGUAGCCGAUCGGUACAUAUAAACGUGAACAGUUAUCUACUUAUACGAGGGGAUUAGUGCAUAUUAACAGGGUUGGAGUACUUUCUGCAUUUGAAUUUUUUGCAUUUAUUGUGCAAAAAAAAUAAAAAACCAAAAAAAAAUUCUGGGUGAGGUCAAAGUGAAAGUGCUCAUCCAACCCAUACCAUAAAAUUACACUUGUCAAAUUUCUUCUUUUGUAACCAGUUUCAGAAGGCGGAGUCAGACGUCAACUACAUCUCCCUCCGACUGGAAACUGAAUUUUCACAACAAUUUUCAGACAACGGCCAAGAGCAGGUUCAUUUAUAAAUUCAUUAUGUAAUUAUUUGCAUAUAUUUUUCUUAUUAAUGUCACCUCAUUUUUUUUUUAAAAUCCUUUUGCUAGUUUGGGUAAGACUGAUGGUAUUGUUGAUGAUUCAUUGCCUGUGUAUGCAGUAGCUGCAAGUUUCCUCCCUUUGCAAGUCCCCCCCCGCCACCUUUAUGAGUAAGCUGCCUAUUGAAAAACUUGGCCCUAAGAUCUUUCAACUUGUCUCAUGACAGCAGAAUGUAUUCCAUUGAAACCAUAACAUAUUUUGUUCAAAAUAAAAUUUUAGAGCAAAACCUCAACAAAGUUUGAUCAAUAUGCAAAUGACAACAGUUACUGAUGUUAACACAGAGAUCAUUGAUAUAUCAGUUAUGUUAAACAGUUGCAUAAUACUGCCAUGUUUUUGCUUCUGAACAUUCAGCUCAACCCCAUAAAGCUCCUACAAAGAAUAAACCAAGCCAAAGUACAAUUUAAAAAUCUUGCAGAACAAGCAAGAGAGAUUCAUUCUCGACAACAGGUGAGUGAAACCAGAACCAAGUAUAAAAUCUUAUUUGUAGGCAUGUUUGCUGGUACAUUCCUUUUGUAUGGUAUGAUUAUUUACAGUAAAUCCAAGAAAUCAUGCAAACCUUCACAGAAUUUAUCCUUUAUUGGCAUUGCCUCUUUGUUAGCAGUUUUUUGGAGAAUAAAGAAAAUCUUUGAAUGAGUGCUCUUCUCAAUUUUAGUGUUUUACUUUGCAAAACAACAGGAAAUACAAGCUUGUGUAAGGGACCAAAUGUUAGCAUGUCAGGAUCUUCUGCGUCAUUCACAAAAAUGUGCAGGCCUUGAGGUAGGUUCAUAAACAUGUUCCUCAUUUUUUGGGUAAUUUAGUAUUAUCAACUGAGUUGAUAACAUAAAUUGGACACUACAAAGAGUUUCAAAGCUGACAAAGGGCCAAUGCUCCAAACAUCAGCUUUGAAACUUUACAGUGGCCAAUUUACAUUAUCAACUCAGUUGAUAGUACCAAAUUACCCUGUCAUCCUCUCCCACUACUGCAGCACCACAGUUUUUUAAAAACUUACCCCCUUUCCCACAUAUGGAUGCUACUGAUAGUAAAGUUGGCAAAUCAAGCCCAGCAACUCAUCCAGCUAGAACUUAUCCAUGUUUGCAUAGUAAAAGGGAUUAGAUGUAAUAACCCUUCACACCCCAAAAUCAGUAUGCAUAUUCUCUUUCCUGUUUUCUAUACAUUUGCUAUAUUGCUUACAAGAAGAAUUUGUGUAACAAUCAAGGUUUUUUAGUUCACAGCAAUUUCCUUUAUUCUCAUCUUCUUGAUGUUUAACUCAGCUGUGAUAUUGGUGGGAAAAGUUAGAUGCUUAUUUCUCAAAGGGGUAAAGAAUUAACACUUAUCCUCUAGAGAUGCCAGGUUAUCCUCUAUUGUGAUUUGGAUAGUUUCCACUUCAUUUUGUUUCUCGUAGCAACAAAAAUAGCCUUGGAUAUUUGCUAGGAGAACAGAUAUUUUUAUCCUGGAUUGUUUCUCAAAAUGAACUGCAAAUCAUUGUUUUAGAAUUGACCUUUUGCUUCCAUAUUCAAAGAUUUCAUUAAUUAUCUGAGCAAAAGUAUCAGCAAUUUAAAAUUUAGGAUACGUUGGUAAGACAUCCAGCUAUUUCAAUUACAAACUGAUUCCCCAUCAAAUUGGAUGCACAAGCACUAUACAUCAUCCAGUUGUUUGAAGGUUGUAUACUCUGGUAAUGCUAUGCAAUGGACAAAUUGCUGUAUGGUGACAAGUAUUGACAAAUGUACUACACUAUCCACUGGAAAAAGAUUUAUUGAGCAGAAAGUGAUUUUAAUUGUUUGAAAAACAGGGGGAAAAGUCUGUGUAGUGGAAAAAAUUAUUUAUUUGGAGUAUAAUUAUUUUUACAAUGGAUUUACUUUUUUUGCCGAUACUUGCAAAAUACAUUUAAUGCACAUGCAUCCAUCCCCCUAGUGAGUUUUGAAUCUCAUUUACCUGAAUAUUUAUUCUUAAUAAUGUUACAGUGUUGUGUGGUGUGCUUUUUGCAAAAAAAUGUGUCUGUUUACUCAAAAGGUCAUGGAAAAAAGUGAUGAUGAGCAGUAUCUACAAACAUCAGUACCUUCUGUAAUCAGAAAAGGUUUGUCAGGACUUAAUGACUAGGAAUUACAUCAUGUGGCAAUGCAGAAAAAAAAGGCAAAGCAUUUGAUUGUGACUUUGCUAUGGUUGUAGUAUUGUGAACUACAGUACCAUUUGUUUUACUUUUCAUGAACUGAUAAAUAUGGUCAAGAUGUAGAGUGUAAAACUGUCUAGGCACAACAAGUAAGUGGGAGGUUUGAUUUCAUUUGCCAAGGGUGAAAUUUCUGUAAUUGUAUGUGUUAGGGAAAUAUAGAGAAAUGCACUUUGGUUCAAGUGGGCCUGAAGUUUAAGUUGGCAGGGUUUCAAGUUAUUGGGAGUGUACUGCAUGUACCUUUUUGAUACCAAUUUUUUUCAGUAGUGGAGAAAUAAUUCACACAACUGAUUGUCUGUUAAUUUACCUUAUAAAGAGACUGCUAGUUCUGAGCUGAGUACUGAUGAAGAAGACAAAGAAAAUAAAACUGAAGGCACAGAGAACAAAACCCAGCAAGGUGACAUAUCUACAACUGUAUUUCUAAGCAAGUAAUGCAAGGUUUAUAGUGUAUGAUGUUCCAAUGUGCUGUGUGGGUUUGCAUAAUUUCCUGAGAAAAAUUAUCUGUUAGUAAUUUACUUUUUUUCUUAGAAAGUUAUUAACAAAAACUGAAAUAUGUGAAUUUUUUUUACUUCCUUCUUCAGAUGACCAUUAUGAAAUUUGUAAUCAUUAUUUUCAGCAAUUUUAAAGGUUGUUUUGAUUACUUAUUUGUUAUACAGUAACAUUACUUUAAAGCCCAAAGCAAUGCUAUAGUAGCAAGAUUCUGUUCUAAGCUAUGGGCAAUCUCUUGGAAUUAUAGUUGGUCUCAUGAUUAAUUGUAAAACUUAGGACUUUACAGACUCAUGGUAAUUAUUUCCACAGCAUCAGAAACACUCAGCUUCUGAAGAAACCUUUCCUUGAAAUUUGAAAUUGAUGCAAGAUGCCAUUUUGUCCUUAAAUUUUGUUGAGUGAGAUUACAAUUUUACUUGGCUAGCUUUUAACAGAAACUGUUUUGAAAAUUUACAAAAGGUUAACUAUUUUAUUGUAGAGUCUGAUACAAAACCUGUUAUUAGAGGGAAACAUGAGUUCAUUCCUGUUGAUGAGAGAGAAUUUUUAACAGUCUCAGAGCUUGUGAGAGGGCGGGCAAAACUUCAGGAUGUCAACAAGGUAUAAUGAAAAAGAGACCAUGCAAAAUUAUAAUUUUGAAGUGAUAAUUUGUGCUGUUAGUAAUAUUCUAUCAUUUUUAUGUGUGUCAUGCCCAUAACAAUCACUUAUUGAUCACACCUCCACAUAAAGUCCCCACAAAAAGGUGAAAAUCCUAACAGGGGAAUCUGAGUUUUUCUAUAUCCCAAGCUGAUGAAAAAUCUCUUAGAACUACCUAUACUUGACAACAAAUCAAAAUUUACUAUCUUUCUCACUCUCAAAGAACGCUCUCAACACUUCAGAUGUUCAUAGCAUGCAAGGGACUUGUCUCAUGUGGUCCUAAUAUAUGGCCUGGCUUGAAAAUGAGUUCUUUGUACCAUACUAUGAGUGUGGUUAAUAAUUGUUACAGAAAAGUGGUCCACACUUUGUCCUGGUUUCAAGUGGAUGCCAACUAACUUGAUAAUUUUGCUAGGUUUAUGAGGUUCUGUUUCAUCAUUUUAAGAAAAACAAACACAGGUAUGUGGAUAAUUCCUAACAGUGAUAAUAUUAGUGUCAAUCACACCCCUAGGCAAUAGUUAAUGGUAUUAAGACCAAGUGGAGUCUAAUUUGGUCUGUAAUCAUACAGGUGAUUAAAAAAAUUAGACGACAGUAAAAGAAGGAGUCAGACUUGUUAAUCACAAGUAUGACUACAGACAGAAUUGGAUAACUUAGUUCUGUUACCAAUUAAUCAAAACUAUGACAAAAUUUGAGAAAGAAACUAGCCAUUGGUUAUACCUUUUCAUAAGUAAAAAGCAACAGUUAACUCGGCAAAGUGCAAUACAACAGCAUGUGCACAUGACUUUUCUGUCCACCCGUGCAGGCAUGAUGUGUUAACACUGUCCCUUUCACCCUUCAACUCACUAGUAAUUCUCAUUACUGUCUGCGAUGUGUUGGUUUCAAGAAUUUGGUAUUGGAUCAACUAAUACUCCCCCAAAUAGUAUUUUUCUUCAUCCUCAUCACUUGUCUGCUUGAUAUUGUAUUGAUAUUGUAAGGAGAAAUUCUGGCUUGGUCACAGAUGGGAGUUUAAGGGUCAACUGUCCUAUUACAUUGUCCAAUGACAUGCAUGAUGCAUACACUGUCUCAUUAGUGCUAAAGUCAGGCUGGUGAUCACCAAUCACACUUGAGAAUUUUAUUAUAGUUUUGAUUAACAGCAGAGUCAGAGAUUUAUUAAUUUAGACAAAUGUUAUGAUAUACACGUAGGGUAACUGUAUUUUUGUUAAUAAUAGCUCAAGUCUAACUCCCAAGGACAUGACAAAAAUGGGACUUAAGGUUACUGGAGCAACUGGAGAAGCUAAGUUGAAGGUAAUUGUAGUGAUUUACUUAGAACUCAUCUUGAGCAUCUACCCUUCAUCAAUCCUGCACAGGGUUUUUUUUAAACACCUGCAAACAAGUCUUUAUGAAGAAUCAGAUAUGCAAAUAAGUCCCUCCCUUACUCACAAAAAUGUAGACUUUGUGGUACUUAGUUGUCCUGAACAAGCCCAAGCACAAAACCAUAGUGGAGUUGUAACUGUACAUAGACAAUAGAGAGCAGAGAUUCCAACCCUCCCGAUUUGAUCGGGAGUCUCCCGAUUUGAUGUCUUGCCUCCCGCUCUCCCGAUUUUUACCAAAUUCUCCCGAUUUAUCAUAAAAUUCUGAAAACUAGGGGAAAAUUGCUAAUCUUUAUAAUUUUUGGCGAUCUGUCACUGUGAAACACUCAUAUUAUACUUACUUUCUUUGCGAAGAGCAUUAUGGUAUGUUAUAACUCAGGCCGGAAUGAUGUCAAAAUUCAGGAAAUGGCACUUGAGAGAACCUAAAUUUGCAAAAUUUCCCGGGGGCAUGCCCCCUGACCCCCCUAGAAGCUCGCGCCUUUGGCACUAAUAGUUACUCCCUAUUUUCCAUCACAUGGGGUUGGAAUCUCUGAGAGAGACUUUGUUACAGUUUGUACCAAGCAUCGUUGCUUUAAAUAUCACCUUCCAAGUGAAGAAUUUAUCAAGUUCAGACACAGAUCUAAUACUGUGAAUCGCCUCAACUGAUCUGAAGCAGAUUGAAAUGAACGGUUUAGUAGACAGACAUUCACAUUAUAACAAGCAGAAACCAUUAACUGUUUUAAUGCAAUAGUUGAUCAACCUUAAUGCACACGGUCGUAAUUAUUCUAACACAGAGGUGAUACAUACCAUGAAUAGUCAGAGUCUAAUGGUGGUAUUUGAUAAUAUGCAUGGGCAUUCAUUACACAGAUGAAAAUAAUCCAGGGCUUUUCUGACAAAAGAAAACUUGUGGAAUUUGUUGCUGCGUAUCUUUAGCUUCAAUCUGUCAAAAAACUAGCAGUUGCAUGAAAUGUGAUCGGAGGAAUUUUCAUUCUGAGGCAGAAAACUUUCAGAUUUGUUAUCUGAUGCAAACUGGAGAAAACCCUGUAAACAAAGAUCAUUGUGUUACAUAGCAAAUAUUAAGUGAUCAUCAGUGAGGUGAAAUGUGAAGUAGGAAAUGGGAAAUUGAGGAAUUUGGCUUGUGUGGGCAAAGAAAUAUUUGAAUUGCAGCAUCUAAAUCUGACAAAUUUUGCAAAAGGAAAUUCAAUAAAUGCAGGAUACUAUUUUGAGCAGUUUUUGUAAAUUUCAUAUCAAUUCAUUUUUCUGCUGAGUUGGCUCUUGAAAUCAGAAUAACCUUGCAUUGCUGCGAGACCAAUAAUUACAAGUUCACAACCAUGUUUCAUCUGUGGUUAAGUACUUUAUGCACGAGUUGGCCAUAGCUACUUUUUAAUUUCAUUUUCUGCACAUGUUGAGAGCAACCUAUAGUUAUGUGUCAGUGCAUUUCUGUUUAAUUUAAUCCUUGAAAUUGGAAUGACACUUAUUAAGUAAUAUUGUAAUGCUCCAGAAUUUAGCUUACUGGCAGAGAGAUUAUACACUAGAUUACUGUGUAAGCAAAAUAGACUGCUUUCAGCUUGAAGCAUAAUCAGCUUGUUCAAGUUGUGCAAACUUGAACUUCUUUCCAUUAGCUAAUGUGCAUUUUAUUAUUUUUCAGGUUCUUAGAGCAUUAAAACUCAUUGUCAUUAACAACAAAUUAGCUGUUAAAAUGGCAUGACUUCAAAUUUGUUGUGUGUGAUUGUUUAAGAGUACUCUUCAGUGGUUGAGCUAUAUUGAGUUAAGAAAUAUUUCUAACAAGGGAUUGAAGUGAAACAAAUAUUUGUAUUGUAAAAAAUGUGAAAGAUCUGUUAAAUGCUUAUAAAAAGUGCUUGGCAUGCCCCAAAUUCUUUGAAACCUAACCAAUGGUUAGUUUAACACAGUGCACUUUGCUUACUUUGUUACCAG